AUGUUUGAGGUUGAAGUUGAGGACGUGCAUUACUUUAAGUAUGUCUUCAUGGCACUUGGUUGGUGUAUUAGGAGUUUCUUGAACUGCAUAUUCCCAAUAAUCAUUGUUGAUGGGACAAAUCUGUACAAGAAAUAUAAAGGUAUGUUGUUAAUAGAAACAUACAUUGAUGGCAAUAACAACAUAUAUCCUAUCACCUUUAGCAUUGUAGAUGAGGAGAAUGAUGCAUCAUGGAAUUGGUUCAUGACUCAUUUGAAGGUUUUAGUAGGAGACAUUCCAAAUUUUGUGAUUAUAUUAGCUCGUCACAUCUCAGUUGUGAAUGAUCUCUCAAGUAUAGUCCCCAAUGCAUUCCAUGCCCUAUGUAAAUACCAUAUUCAGAAUAAGUUGGUGGACAGAUUUAAGAAUAAGGGCAUAAUUUCACACUUCUACCUAGCAGCAAAAGCUUAUAGAAUGUCUAAGUUUCAAAUAUCUUGGGUUAAGCUCCAUCAAUAUCCCGGGGUGAUGACCUAUCUUAAGGAGAUUGGAUUACAACGGUGGGCAAGGGUUUAUCAAGUCCAUUGUAGGUAUGACAAGAUGACGAUAAAUAUUGUAGAAUGCCUCAAUGGAGUGUUGAAAGAUGCAUGGGAACUAUCAAUCACUAACAAUGACAUGCACAAAUAUUAUAGCUGA